AAAGUUUCAUUGUCUCGGGGUAUGAAAUCCCAGGGGCCCUUUUCAGGGACAGUUGUAUCAUGCACAAUGGGUGGGGAUGAGCAUAGCCGGGAGGGAUCCACCUGCCCUGCUCUGUGCUGACAUGUCCCCUCUCACAGCAGUGAGAUACAGUGAGAUUUUCUUGCGUUGGAUGAGUUGGUGCUGUGGUGGCUGCACUGUGUGCCAUGCACUCAGCACAGCCUCCCCUCCGUCCCCAGGGACACAGCAGUGAGCUAUAGUGAGAUAUUCUUGUGUUGGAUGCGUUGGUGAGUUGGGUGGAUUUGCCAUGCACUCAGCACAGCCUCCCCUCCGUCCCCAGGGACACAGCAGUGAGCUAUAGUGAGAUAUUCUUGUGUUGGAUGCGUUGGUGAGUUGGAUGGAUUUGCCAUGCACUCAGCACAGCCUCCCCUCCGUCCCCAGGGACACAGCAGUGAGCUAUAGUGAGAUAUUCUUGUGUUGGAUGCGUUGGUGAGUUGGAUGGAUUUGCCAUGCACUCAGCACAGCCUCCCCUCCGUCCCCAGGGACACAGCAGUGAGCUAUAGUGAGAUAUUCUUGUGUUGGAUGCGUUGGUGAGUUGGAUGGAUUUGCCAUGCACUCAGCACAGCCUCCCCUCCGUCCCCAGGGACACAGCAGUGAGCUAUAGUGAGAUAUUCUUGUGUUGGAUGCGUUGGUGAGUUGGAUGGAUUUGCCAUGCACUCAGCACAGCCUCCCCUCCGUCCCCAGGGCUCGAUGAGAGCAGGGCUGCGUCCCCCCUGCCCCCAGCCAUGCAGUGACCCGGGCGCAGCCCCCCGCCAUGGCCCAGUCCCGGGCCAACGGCUCGCACUACGCCCUGACAGCCAUCGGGCUGGGCAUGCUGGUGCUGGGCAUCAUCAUGGCCGUGUGGAACCUGGUGCCCGGCUUCGGGCCCCCCGACAAACCCGGCGGCAACAGCAGCAAGCCCGAGCGCGGCACCGGCGGCGUCCUCAGGAGCAAAACCUUCUCGGUGGCCUAUGUGCUGGUGGGGGCAGGGCUGCUGCUGCUCCUGCUCUCCCUCUGCCUCAACGUUCGGGACAAGAAGAGGCAGAGCCAGGAGCUGGCCGUCGCCCACGUGCAGCGCCAGGUGUCCGCAGAGCCGUCGCAGCAGGAGGACAGCCAAGAAGAGGAUGAGGACGUCUCCUCCCAGUACUACGUGCCCAGCUACGAGGAGGUGAUGAACACGGGCUACUCCGAGCCCAGGGACUCGGACAGGAGCACCAGGCUCAGCGUCUCCCUGCCCUCCUACGAGUCCCUGGCAGGCCUGGAGGAGGGCAGCCAGGUGCCAGGAGCAGCAGGCAUGGAGCCUGGCACGGAGAGGCCGCCCAGCAGGCACAGCUCCCGCCUCAGCAAGCGCCUCAAGCCCCUCAAGGUCCGCAGGAUCAAGUCAGAGAAGCUGCACCUGAAGGACAUCAGGUUGAACCUGGCACAGGGCAACAGCAGCGUCCCUAUCACGAUAGAGCCCCUCACUCCUCCACCCAAGUAUGAGGAGAUCCAGGAGAAGAUGCCAGUGAGCCAGCAAAUGCCUUAAAAAACAAACAAACAAACAAGCCAACAAACAGGAAUGCUGUGAUGCUGCUUGGUUGAGGGUUUUCUAAAACCCACCAUGCAAAGAGGGGUUUGGUGUGUGGGUGCAGAAGCAACCAGGGCUCCCUGGAAGCUGCCACAUGGAGGACAUGCUGUGGACAAGGAUGGGGCUCGUUUUCCCUGGGACUGGGUUUUGCAAGAGACUGUGGGGGAAGAAACCUGAACAACACAAGUUCUGCUGCUGUGAAGUAAAUGAAGGCUGGACAUGCCAAAAGUGUCACUUGUGUUUGUUGUGAGACCAUCCAGUGCAUCCUCUCAUCUCCUCUCCUCCUCACUCCCAGCAAGACUUUACAAGCCACCAAACUGAUACUGCAGGAGGGUUUUCCAAGUGGAACAGUGAAAUGUUUCUUUUUCUGGGUGUCUUUUCUUUCUGAGGAAGGGGAAGCGCGUUGCCAGAGCAGCACCACGGCUUUCCCUGGCUCCCAGCUGGGCUGGGCUGGGCUGGUGGCCCAGAGCCAGCCCUGACUCCUGCCAAGGUCUCUGCUGGCUGCUGGGAAGCAACAGAAAGGGGCCUCCUUCUCCUCAGGGAGAGAAUGGAUUUCUUGCCUCUGUUGCUUUCCCUGAUGUGUUUUAUGCUGCAUUUGAGGCAAGUGGGUGACUCUGGGGCGUUGGGAGCUGCGUGCUCCAGUGCCAGGGGUGAAACCACUGCUGAGCAUCCUGUGCAGGCAGACUGGUCUGAAUAAAUG